UGCUCAAGCUCCAUGGAUUAUGCUCGUUCAAGGAGGUCCUUGAGUCGACAAAUCUCGGGGUAUAAGCGUAUGCUUCUCGGAGCUCGACUCCGUCGUCAUCCCCCAUGGCACGGACAUCUUUAGAGUUGUCGACACAGGACGGUGCAAUACGCGUGCUCGCUGCAGGGAUUCGAAGCGGCCAGAGACUGGCGGAUAUGCGGCCGAACGGCAGACCGGGAUGGACAGAGUCCAGCCAUUUGGUCGAUGGAGAGGGAAAUCCUUGCUCGUCCCUUGUGGAAUCUCAAGCUCGGCUUGCCGGGGGGCUCCUGGUCACUGCUGCCUCUCCUAGCGCGGAGAAGAUACGAGGGUCCUCUCUGCCCCUUCCCAUGCUGUCUGUCGCAUGGCCCCCAGUACAGUACACACGGCGCAGUAUUUGGUACUUUGCAUCUCUCUUCCCGCAGCGCUUUGAUCAAAGUUCAAGUAGUAGGCAAGGUAGAAUCAAUCCAUUGGUAGUGGUACAUCAGUACCAACCUGUGAAACCAUGGCUCAUUCAUCUCAACAUCUCACGCCGUGGCGAUCCGCGCUUCGUGGUUAAAGCGACGCUCCGAACCCAGAAAAUAUGUCAGCGCCAAGACUGCGGUUGAAACGGCGACUUUGCUUCCUCAGACGGCGUUACCAGUGUACGAGUACUCGUUAACCUCGCCAUAGCCGUUAAUCUCAUCGAGUCCUUACUGCAGAGGGAAUGGGCACUUCAGAUGCCAGUGCAGUAUUACGAUGUACUCGUACUCUGGCA